AUGCCUGUAAGUGAGUUCGACUUCGCCGAGAAGUAUGCGUAUCUCAAUGGCUUUGGGGUUUAUCACGAAUCUUCUGCGUUGAAGGACGCCCUCCCGACCGGACACAAUUCGCCACAAAGGCCACCUUACGGGCUGUACGCAGAAAAGCUCUCUGGAACAGCCUUCACUGCUCCACGACACGAAAAUCAACAGUCAUGGCUCUAUCGCAUCUUACCAGCUGCCGCACACCGUGCGUGGGAACAGGUUCCAUUAGAAGACUACGACAGCGACAGUCUGAGCGGCUCCAACGUGCAACAACUCCCGAACCAGCUCCGAUGGAAUCCCUUCGACUUUGACGAAAGCGUGGACUGGGUACGAGGUCUCCAUCUAGUGGCCGAAGCCGGCGAUCCAGCUAUGAAGUCCGGUCUGGCGGUCUACGUCUUCGCCGCAGGGAAAGAUAUGGCAAAAACGGAAGCGUUCUAUUCGGCGGAUGGUGACAUGCUCAUUGUCCCUCAGCACGGCGUCCUGGACAUUACCACCGAAUUCGGUGGUAUUCUUCUGCGAGCGAACGAGAUUGCAGUCAUCCCUCGCGGCGUGAGGUACCGUGUGGAUUUACCGCGUGGUGCGGUGAGAGGAUAUAUCUGCGAGCUGUACCAGGGUCACUUUCAACUCCCAGAGCUUGGCCCCAUUGGAUCGAAUGGACUUGCCAACGUGCGCGAUUUCCAGGUUGCGACGGCUUCAUAUCGAAAAGACUUUGGCGAAUGGAAGAUCACCUCAAAGUUCAAUAGGCGGCUAUUUCGAAUGGCCCAGUCGCACACCCCUUUCGAUGUCGUCGCCUGGCAUGGCAGCUACUAUCCUUACAAGUACGAUCUUGGACGAUUCAACACUAUAGGCUCAAUUUCUUUCGACCAUCCCGAUCCUAGUAUCUUUACAGUCCUUACCGGUCCAAGCAGUUCCCCAGGCACCGCCAUUGCGGACUUCGUCAUCUUCCCUCCUCGGUGGCUAGUCCAGGAAGCCACAUUCCGACCGCCGUGGUAUCACCGCAACACAAUGUCUGAAUUUAUGGGGCUUAUUUCUGGUGACUACGAUGCGAAAUCGUCAGGCGCCGGUGGGUUUCGACCGGCUGGUGCAAGUUUGCACAACAUUAUGAGCGCUCAUGGACCUGAUGCAAGUAGCUAUCGGAAAGCAACCGAGGCGCAUCUUGAGCCGCAGAAAGUCGGCAGUAGAUCGAUGGCGUUCAUGUUUGAGAGCUGUCUCAUGGUCGGGGUAACCGACUGGGGCCUGAAGCAUUGUGAGAAGGUGCAACAGGACUAUAACGAAGAGAGUUGGGAGCCAUUAGUUUCUCAUUUUGACGAAUCGCUCAUCAACGAGACGUAG